CGGGCGGCCCGGGGUAACCCGGGGCGGGGCGGACGGAGGAGGAAGAGGGUCGGGGCGGUGGUGCGGCCGGACGAGCCUCCGGAGACCCCGAGGGAUAGGUAAACCCGGCGCGUGGCCGGCGGGACGCUGGGCCCGUGGGCUGCGGGGCCCGGCGCGGAGCGCAUCGGCCGCCGGCCGGCCUCGUGCCUUCCGGACCGGGCUUGGCCGUGGAGCCCGGCCCACUUCCCCCAAUCCAGCCUCCUGGCCCGCCCGAGCCUCCCGGCCCCGGCUCCUCCCCGGGGGCUCGCCAUCCGCCGGGAGGCCGCCCGUCCGCAGUCGGUCCCGGGGCGGCCUGACCCGGAGCGGAGCGCGCGCCGUGCACACGCGCCCGGGGGGUUUGUUGUUUGUUGCUGUAUACCCCAUGUUACCCCAUCACCAGAAGAGUCUGGGCAGAGACUGGACUACACCGUGGGAGAAUCUGCAAAGGUGUUGCUGGAACAGACAUAUUUCUAGUUGUAUGAGGUGGCCUGGACAUUACUCUCGUGCUCCUUACCCGUACUUCAGUAGUAGGCAUUUUUCACUAAAUUGGAGACCGCCUUGUCUGUUUGAGUCUAGAACUCAGUUUCAGUACUGGAACUGGAGACCUGAGAACCUGAGCCAGACAUCUUUGAUUCAUCUCUCUAGUUACAUCAUGAACUCUGAGGGAGAUGAGCCUUCAUCAAAACGAAGAAAACACCAAGGCACGAUAAAACGGCAUUGGGAAUAUAUAUGUAACCGUAAUAAAGAAAAAAUGAAGAUCUUGGGAGACAAAAAUGUUGACUCCAAAUGUGAAGACAGUGAGAACAAGUUUGACUUUUCAGUGAUGUCCUAUAAUAUACUUUCACAAGAUUUAUUGGAAGACAAUUCACACCUCUAUAGACACUGCCGGCGGCCGGUAUUACACUGGAGUUUUAGGUUUCCCAAUAUUCUGAAAGAAAUUAAACACUUUGAUGCAGAUGUACUUUGUUUGCAAGAAGUUCAAGAAGAUCAUUAUGGAACAGAGAUCAGGCCAAGUUUGGAAUCAUUGGGUUAUCACUGUGAAUACAAGAUGCGGACUGGAAGGAAACCCGAUGGCUGUGCCAUUUGCUUCAAACAUUCCAAAUUUUCACUGUUAUCAGUGAACCCAGUGGAGUUCUUCCGCCCUGAUGUUCCGCUGUUGGACAGAGACAAUGUUGGAUUAGUGUUGCUCUUGCAGCCCAGAAUUCCAAGCACUGCCUCUCCUGCACUCUGCGUAGCAAACACACAUCUAUUGUAUAAUCCAAGGCGAGGUGAUAUUAAGCUGACCCAGUUGGCAAUGCUUCUGGCAGAGAUUUCCAGUGUUGCCCAUCAGAAAGAUGGCAGUUUCUGCCCUAUUGUUAUGUGUGGUGACUUUAAUUCUGUUCCUGGUUCUCCACUCUAUAGUUUUAUAAAGGAAGGAAAAUUGAAUUAUGAAGGACUUGCCAUAGGAAAGGUAUCUGGCCAGGAACAGUCUUCACGGGGACAAAGAAUUUUAUCUAUUCCAAUUUGGCCCCCAAACCUAGGUAUCUCUCAGAACUGUGUGUAUGAGGUACAGCAGGUACCAAAAGUAGAAAAGACAGAUGGUGAUCCAACACAGACACAGCUGGACAAAACAGAGGUCCUAGUGACACCUGAAAAAUUAUCUUCACAUUUACAGCACCAUUUCAGCUUAUCAUCGGUUUAUUCACAUUAUUUUCCUGACACUGGGAUUCCAGAAGUGACCACCUGUCAUUCUCGAAGCGCCAUAACUGUGGAUUAUAUUUUCUAUUCUGCUGAGAAGGAAGAUGUUGCUGAGAAGCCAGGAGCUGAAGUUGCUUUGGUUGGUGGCUUGAAACUUCUAGCUAGACUGUCACUUCUUACAGAACAAGACUUAUGGACCGUGAAUGGACUUCCAAAUGAAAAUAACUCUUCAGAUCAUCUGCCCUUAUUGGCUAAAUUCAGACUUGAGCUCUGACUCUUCUUUCAUUACAUAUAUACUUUUCUUUCCAAUUUAUAUUCUUUUUCAAAGAAUGCAAGGUUCUUAAGAGUUUGCAUGUUGUUUAUUUUUGCGCUGUGGAGUUUCUGAAGAAGUUAUGUUAAAUGCUUGAAGUAGAUAUGGGAAGAAACAAGUUUACAACCAUUUUCUUUUUUAAUAAUGAAAAAAUAUUUUCCUGACAAGUGAGAUCUAAAUGCUCUUUAUUGUAAAAGAGUUGUAAAUAUUUUUUAUUCUAAAUCCCAGUAAAAUUGACAGUGACUUGUAAAUAUAGUGCAUCUUCUUUAGUUCUUUUAGUAAAGAAUUUCUGUUCAUGUUUUUGGCAAGCUUUACAGUGAAUCCAAAGUACCUUUGAGUUCUUGCAAACUACAACUUGUUUCCCUCCAGAAGGUCUGAUUUCACUGGGAGAACCAUAUGCUUGUUGCGUUCUAAUUAAUGCAUCUCUGAAAUCAUUGAGUCAUUCACAACCAGCCAUUUUGGUUUGUUUUUGAGGGGGCUUGAUAAUGCUUUUUAAAAUUGUACAAAUUGCUUAAUCCACCUUGUUACUAUCCUGAGCCAUGUAAAAUGCCUGCAUUUUGUUGGGAAACAGGUCACCAUAACUAGUAGGAUGAGGCGCUCUACACGAGCCCGCUCUCUCCAUCCCGCAACGACAGACCCUCACAGGAUGCCUUGAGAGGGAGACACUGGGCUGUGCCUCUGUUUCCCGAGCGGUUUUUCCUUUUUUCUAUUCCAUUUCAAGAAAAGGCCCCUGGUUUGGGAGAGAGAGUUGCUUUUACUGAACCAAUUCUGUAGAAAUUUAUUUUGUUAGAAAACUUGUCUUUGGAACAAAGUGGCAGCUAUAAGAUUAUUUUUGUUUUGCCUCAGAAGUUUGAGGAAGCCAGCAAAACUCUAGUGGGGAGAUACCAACUUGGAGACCUAACACUCUUAAGUAGUAAUUUUAACUGUUUUAGUAGUUUUAUUUCUAAAAUGUUUUAUUUUGUAAUGAUGCAGCCAUGUGAGAUGGGGCUGACAUUUUUUUAUGAAGUGGUUAAGAGCAGGUCUAAUAAAUCCUGCAGUUGGCUCUGUAUGAAUGUUUGAAUCAAAAUUUUUAAAACAUGAAGAGUGAAAAUUUUCUCUUUUUUAGACUUUGGGAUCAAAGAAUUGCGUGCAUUUUUACUAAGUAGUAAUUUUAUAUUGAAUCAUACUGAAUUAUAAAAGUUUUUACAAUGUGUUUUCUUAAUAGAAUGCUUCAUCUUAAAUUAGAAAGCAGUCGUUACUUUAUAGUCUUGGAGUUUAAAAGUUUUUGUACUAAAGCAUUUACUACAAUUAUUUUUUAAAAAAUAAACCAGGUGAAUACCCCAAAAACAGCAUGUGGGUUAUAAGGAUUUGCCUAGUAAAAACUGUAGUAAGUAAGUACGUUUAAAUGUUUAAUUUCUCAUUUUUUGGGUUUUAACUCACGGUAUUAACUGUUCAUACAGUUAGCAGAUAUAGUCAUCAUCAAAUAAUAAUGACAGGAUAAUUAUACCCUUUUAGUUUGGGGGAAAGAAAAAUGAAAAUCCGUUGAUUAAUUACUGCUUUGUGUUGUGUGACUUUAUUAACAAAUAACACUAUAUGUAGGUCAUUUUUGACAAACUAACACCCCUGAAAAUCUCUGUGAAAAGCUAAUUUUUUAUAUCCUGAUUAAUAUAUUGUGAUUUUAGGCCCUCUUCAUGUGCUUCACUUGAUAGAGUUAAUCCAUAAAAUUGCUUUCCACUGUAGCUGAUAGAAUGAAGUAUUAUUUUGCGGACUGGAGGCCAAAGGGUCAAUGGAACCUUCUCACAGGUUUUUAAAGCUCCACUAAAAUUGUCUAUUUGUCUUUACUUUUUUGGUCAGAAGAGUUGGUAACUCUGUUGGAGCCUUCUAUUUUCCUGCCAAAAGCAAUGAAAUCUGGUUAAUUACUAAAACCAGUUCUUCCAGUCUCAAGUGCUAUACUCUCCAAGUUUGAAAUGGAAAGGGAUAUUAUGCAAUAAAUGAAAUUUUGGUUUUACUGUAUCUUUUGAUAUCAAGAUAAUGUGCUUGUUUGAAACCUUGUCCUUUUUUUGGAAUUUAGCAACUGUCUGCUUUUAACCCUUUGUUUUCCUCAAAAGCUAAGUCAGAGAUCUAGCGCGUUCAAGGGGUUGGGGAAACAGACAUCAAGUCCUUUGCACUUUGUACCUGUAAAUUACCUAAUAAAUUAUUGUACUAGUA